UCAUUUUCGUUUCGAUUGUCGUGCGGUUUGCGCGGUUUUGCAGCGUCUGUUGAAAGUGCGCAAAGUAUUUUCUUACAAUUGUUAAGCAUUAUUUUUAAAUACAAAUACAUACAAUGUGUAGUGGAAACUGGUAAAAAAAAAAAAAAACUGCAAAUUUUUGAGAAAAUCAAAUUAAAGAAAGCAAAAAAGAAAAACGAGCACGGAUAAAAUUAUUGCACUGAGUGUGAGAGCGUGUAUGUGUGUGUGCGUGUGCGAGGUACGUGAGUGCAUACGCGAGUGAAGAAGAAGAAAAAGUGAAUUGAGUGGAAAUUGUUUGCAAAAAUAAUAAAAGAAAAGGCAAAAGGAAAAUUGAUUGGAAAUUACCAAAUUUUAUGUUUGUGUGAGACAAAAGCAAAACACGAAUAUGCGCAGCAAAGGCAGCUAACGAUAAGCAGCAGCAACAACAACAGCAAUAAUUAGACUCAACUACAAAGCAGUAUUUAACUUGAGACAGACAGCAGCAAACACAACAAUAACAACAUAAGAAAGAGAACAACUAUAAAAACGUACUGUGGACAAUUUGCUUUUUAACAUGAACAAAAAUGCCGGCGAUGGCAGCGGCAACGAUGGCAAAAACUCAAACAAUCAUGGUGGGAAGGGGGGCGCCUCCAAUGCGGGAGGUGGGGGAGCAGGCGGUCCUCACGAUCCCACUGGACUGCUAGACGCCGCCUCUCUCUUUGCCUAUUGGGGACGCGAUGCCAGCGGUGCAGCAGCAGCAGCGGCAGCUGCAUCAAAUCCUCUCUUUAACUCGCAAUUCAAUGCAGCCGCUGCCGCCGGUUUGGGCCUGCUGCCAAAUGCUGCGGGCGCAGCGGCUGCCAAUGACCGUUACUCGUCGAUGGCAGCGGCAGCAGCAGCAGCUGCGGGCGCCCAUCAUCAUCAGAGCACAAUGGCCGUAGCGGCUUCUCAGGCCGCCAGUUUGGCAGGUCUGCAUCCAGCAAGCUGGUGGUCCAUGGCCCAAUUGGCAGCUCAGGACUAUUUCAGUCGCCUUCAAGCCUCCGGAAUGUCUCCGUUUCCGCAUCCCGAUCUGGCAGCUGCCUUCGGACCCGCCAUGGCAAUGGGCGCAGGGGGCGCGGCCGGCAGCGGAGGAGCGGGAAGUGGGUCGGGCAUGGUGGGAGUGGGCGGAGCUGGAGGCGUCGGCGGUGGGGGUGGCGGUAACAGCGGUGGUGUGGGAUCCAGCAGCAAGUCGAACAAAUCUCGUAAAGAGAAACGCGCCGCACAGCAACAACAACAACAACAGCAGCAGCAACAACAACAGCACCAGCAACAACAACAAAAUCUGGCCAAUAGCUUAAAUGCAGCUGCCGCAGCGGCGGCAGCAGCUGCUGCCAAUAAUCCAGCGGCAGCAUUGGCCAGCAUGCACGGAUUCGGGCUGCCCGUGAGUGGCAUGCAACCAACUGUCAGCACCGGAAGCAGCUCAUCCAUCUCGACGAGCAGCGCUGCCCACGGCGGUUACAAGAGCACGGCGAGUGCUUAUGGGAAACCCUCGACGAUGACGAGCAGCAGCAGCGGCAGCAGCUUGACGAGUAAUCCCGGCUCUGCGUAUGAUCCGGUGACGUUGCACAAGGAACUGCUGGCCAUGCAGGCGGUGGCAGCUGCCGCCUCGGGGUCAGGGGUCAACAGCUCCAACAGUUGCUCCAGCAAAAAGUCAAAUAGUGGCGGAGGUGGAGGUGGCAACUCAUCAUCGUUGCACGCUCAUGGCCUCUCCAAUCUGGCCAUGAGUCUGAGCAGCGGAGUCGGAGGUGGCAACAACAGUUCUGGCAUCAUGUCCAGCAGCAAGACAUCCACAAAUGUCAGCUCCAGUUCCAGUUUACAUCCGGGCAUCUCCAUGUCACCGCAUGGAUCUGGCAAGGAUCGCGAUCGGGAUCGUGAUCGUGACAAGAAUAAUCCAUCAUUAAAUGCGCUCAAUUCACUGUCACAAUUUGGGGCAUUGGGCAUGACGCCACAGCAGAGCAUGCAGGCGGCGAUGAAUGCGCUUGCGGCCAGCACAGGUGGCACGCCCAGUGCCACAGUCACCUCAUCAGCGCAUCCCUCACAGCAGCAACAACAACAGCAGCAGCAACAAUUGCCCAGCACAACAAUGUCUGGCGGCAGCGGGAGCAAAGGAAGCGCCAAGGAUUACAUGACUAAUGCGGCCAUGAUGAGCAGCAGCAGUGAGCAUCCGUCGUUGUUGGGCGUGCGAUUGCCGCCAGAUACGGAGAUCAUUAAGUAUACGUCCUCCAUCGUGGGCCCCAAGAUUCCUGGUAGUACAUCGCGUGGUCGCAAGAAGACCAUUUCCGAAACUGAACAACAACAAACACAGAAACAACAACAACAACAACACCAAGCAGAACAACAACAACAGCAACACAAUCAACUAACACAACAGCAACAAAAGGAUUUUGAAAGCACAACAAAUGCAAUUUCCUCUCUGCUUGCGUUUCCAGGCCUCAGUCCGGCGAAGCGGGCACGUCUCGAAAUGGAAUACGCCGCAAUGGCAGCGGCGGCACAACAACAACAACACUUGCAUGGCAUGCUGGGAGCAGCUGGAAUGCCCAUGAGUGCACUGGGCAUGAGUCCAAUGGAUCAGUUGAGCAAUGUAUCCAAGGCAGUUGUGGCAGCUGCCUCAUCAGCUGCCUCUGUUUCCGUUUCCUCCUCCUCCUCCUCGGCAACAAUAACAAGCACCGCAGGAUCAACAACAACCACAACAAUGGGUGGUCACAAUGUGUCCAGUGAUCGUGUUGAGGUCAUCAAAUUGCCACCGACAAUCACCUCGAAUGGUGCAUACAAUCUGUCCAGCAAAGGUUGCAACAAGGAGUUGCAUGAUCUGACCACAGACCCACAACUCGGCUCGGGUGUCAAUCUUAGCUUAAAGUCGAGCACAAUGCCCGCCACAGGAGCCAUUGGUUCCGCCUCAAAUCCCAUAACCAUUGAUGACUUUGAUGCGCCUCUCAAUCUCUCCAUGAAGCCGUCGGACAAGAGCUCAUCAUCCGCUUCAGCAGCAGCUGGCGGAGGAGGAGGAGGAGCUGCCACAGCUGCCUCCACAUUGGGAAAUCUUGCCAGCGAGUAUCAGACUCAGGUUGUCGGUGGCAAUGGCUCCAACAGUCUACAAAGUCUCAGCUCCAUAACCGCAGCCUUGGGCGGCACUGGCGGCAUGCCAGGUGGUUCCAUCUCUGGCAGUGGUGCCGGCGGUGCAUCCCCCUCUCCUGCCCAGGGCAAUUUGCCUGCCACAUCGGGCACAUCUAGCUCUGGAUCGGGAUCGGGCUCUGGUUCAUCCAGUUACAAAGAGGGACGUCCACGCAAUUUGGGACGUGGUGUGUCCAAACCCAAGAAGAAUACAGUUGCCUCGCUGCUGGCACAAUCUCGUGCCGUGGGUUUGAAGCCCAUGCUUGCCACACAACAGUUGCUGCAACAAGGCGCAGAUAUUGAGAAGAUUCGUCUGGCGCUGAGCGAGGCAAAUGCGCACAUGGAAACGUCAACGGAUUCGGAGAGCGUUGCCGCUGAGAGUGGACUCUCGGAAUCGGAGAGUGAAGAUGCCAAUAUACUCAAUGUGGCAGAGUUGCGUGUGCCGCUAGAGCUGGGCUGGAAACGGGACACGGUCAUCAGGGGACUAACCAAGCAGGGACAAAUACGUGGCGAGGUCACGUAUUAUGCACCUGGAAGCACCUUGCCACUCAAGACCAUUGGCCAAGUCUUUGCUCUUUUGGAGCAACAGCCAUCGAGUUUGACACGUGAGAAUUUCAGUUUCUCGGCACGUGCCAUUGUGGGUUCAUUUUUACAACCGGCGCCGCCUCCUUAUGCCAAUGAUGGUGAAUACAUCCGCAUGACGGAUGAGGAUGUGGCCAAGCGGCUGGAGGACUUAAAGGUCUUUACACGUCAAACCCUCAACGUGGAACAGCGCAUUGAGAUUGCCAAGCAACAGCAGGCGAUGCGGGAUGCAAAAAAGCAGCAGAAGGAGGAACUGGCCCGUAACAAGGAGAAGGCCAGGCAGGAGAAGAAUGCCAAGUUGGAGCAGCAGCGCAAGGAGAAGGAGCUCAAGAAUCAACAGGCAAUUGAGGAGCGCAAGAAGCGUCAGGAGGAAUUGGAUCGUCUCAAGCAGGAGGAGUUGCUCAAAAAGCAGCAGGAGAAAGAGAAGCGACGCCAGGAAGCAAUUCUAGCUAAAGAACAGGAACUGCAAAAGCAAAAGGAACUUUUGCUGGCUGCUGAAAUGGAACGUGAGCGACGUCGUCAGCACAUGAACCUCAUCCGGAUGCUGGAGCUGCGCCGUAAAUUCGAGGAGCGCGAGAAGAAGAAGCAUCAACUGGUGUUGGAUCGUCUAAUCCUAAGGGAACGUCGCAUGGCCGAACGUAAACGAGAUGCAGAGAUUCUGCAAUUGAUUCGGAAACCGAAUGAGGAUUCGGAGCUGCCACAGGAGAUGACAGUUCCAGAGCUGGAGAGAAUUGCCGGGAAUCGUUUGCCUGGUCAGGCGAUGGCCGAUCUCCUGAUGGUCUUUGAAUUCCUGCACAACUUUGGGGAAACACUUGGAUUCGACAUGGAAUCGUUGCCAUCACUGCAGAAUCUCCAUGAUGCCCUCAUCAGCGAUAGCAAUGCGGAUGCGGAGGAGGAACUGUUGUCGGUGAUGACGCAUCUGUUGGUCUGUGCCAUUGAGGAUCCCGGUGUGCCCAAUCCUGGACGUCAUACCACACUCCUGGGUCAAUCCUUGCGUAAUGCGGAUAUAACAAAUUCAAAUGUAUCCGAAAUAUUACGCAUUUAUUUGUAUGCCACGGCAACGGGAGAGAUCCGUCAGAUGCAUGGGAUUACGGUGGACAGGGAGCGGGAACGACGGGUGCCCGAUCAUCAUCAGUUGGAUGCGGAUUCGGCAACGCAUUCGGCCAAGAAUCAUGAGUAUUACAAGUUGUUGCAUGAGAACGACACAUGGAAAUUAUCACAUUCUCUGAAGGAUCGGCCAUUUGUGGCAUUGAAUCCCACGAGAAAAGCACAAAUGUUGGCCCAUCUCUGCAACGAUCUGCUGAUGAACAAGGCCGUGCUGCGGCAGAUCGACGGCAGUCUGGAAACUUGUGCCCAGAUGCGCAAGGAGAAGUACAUGACGGACAUGAAGGUGCGCAAAUAUAAGGCGCUGCAUCAGCGCAAGGCCAGAAUUGAGGCCUAUGAGAAGGCGCAGGCGGAGCGGGAGGCAGCGAUGCAGGCGCUCCUGGCACAACAGAAACUGGAUGCGGAGCGGGAGCGGGAAAAGGAGCGAGAACGUCUGGCCAAGCAGGCAGAGGCAGAGGCAGGAGGAGGAGCGGAAGCGGGAGCGGUUGGAGGAACAGAAGUGGAUGCGGAAGCGGCAGAAGCAACAGAAGCUGCAGGGGAAGCGACUGUGGUGCCAGGCGAGGAGGAGGGGCAAGAGUUGAUAAAAGCCAACAAGGACGAGGCGGACGGGGGACAGGCACAGCCCAUGGAACUGGAUGCAGAUUGUGCCCACAAUGAAACCCCUCAAGUUACUGAAUCCCCCGCCAAGCUGGAGGAGUUGCAACAAAAUGGAGCAACUGUAUCAACAACAACAACAACAACCACCACAGCCGUAACAACAGCAAUAACCACAACAACAGGAACAGCAAUAACAACAACAACAACUGAGUCCACUGCGAUGACCGCUUUGAUGCAGGCCAAAAAGAGUGGAGCACGCUCCUCCAUCCAAGAGGAUGGCAGCCAUGACGUGAGCAUCAUUGAGGAUGAUCUGUCCGAUCUCGAUUCGGAGAUAACCAAUGUCGAGGAGGAUGAGGACAAUCGCCUCAGUGCCGAUGAGUUGCAAAAGAAGCUGGACAAGAUUGUGCGUGCCUCGUUGAACUGCAAGGAGGCGCUGGAGAAGAGCACAAAUCAAUUGAGGGCCGCGUGCUUUGGUCAGGAUCGUUUCUGGCGACGCUACUGGAAGUUGCCCAAGGCGGGUGGCAUCUUUAUAGAAGCGCUGGAAUCGGCGCAGAAUGAUAUAUGUGAUUAUCACGAAGCACUCGAGGCGAUGGAUGAGCAGAAGAAGGGCAAGCAGGAGGAGAAACAGGAGCAGGAGCAAGAGAAGCAGACGGAGGAGCAGGUGCAGGAUGUUCAGAUGAAGGAAGAUGUGGAGAAGCAGGCAGAGCAGCCUGUGGAGACGGAGCACAUGGAGGUGGACAGUGUGGAGCCGGAGCAGCACAAGGAUCCACCAGGGAAUCAUUCACAGAACAAUCAAGCUGUAGUUGAUGACGAUGAUGAUGAUGAUGAUGUGACGGAAAUUAACAAAGUUGAGCCAGAAAUUGUGGAUCUCGGUGAUGAUGAUGAUGAACCGAUGCCAGUGGUCGUGAAAUCCCAGCCAGAAAUGAUGGUGACACGACCAGAGAUUAAAGUGAAGUCCGAGAUGGAACUGAUGGGACCACCGCCCACAGUGCACAUCUCCACCAAGACCGAUUUUGAGGCGGAAAUCAAGAUACCAACAAUACCAGGCUUAAUUCCAACACUCAGCAACAACAACAACAACACAAACAACAACAAUAACAACAACAAUGGCAACUGUGAUAAACUGGAGAGUUUGGAUGAUAUGAAAAAGGAGGAUGACUGCAUUAUAGUUGAAGAUUCCACGCCCAAAUGGUUUUCCAUUGUCAAGAGGCAAGUGCCGUUAAUCAGUGAACUGCCCGCGGAGGAGGGGGGCGUGGUGGCCAAUGAAUUACAGCUGAAUUAUGCCAGCUAUCAGCAUUGCAGCUCCCAGUUGCAGUUGCAGGGACAUGCCUGGGAUUUGAUCAACAACAUGCAAUAUUAUAGCAUACCCAUGGAGGAGUGCAAAGUGGAUCCCACGAAGUUCAGUCAGGAGUGCAUCUUUACGUUGUCCGGACUGGAUGAGAAGCAGAUGUUGGCCAAGUUGGAUGAGUAUGAGCAGGGCAAGCUAACGGUAACGGUGUCAAAAAACGGUCUGGCUUCUCCUCAUCAGUUGACUGACAACGAUGAGGAGCCGAGGGGGGAGCGGGAGCAGGAGCAGGAGCAACUCAAUAAAACUAAAAGCGAAAGGGAAUCGUUUUUUCGUUUGGCCACUGAUGUGACACAGGACACAGGAGGAGGUAGUCUCGGAGUCGGAGUGGGAUCGGGAGGAGAAUCUGCCGAGCUGAAACCCAAAAUUGAGCUGCGUCUGGAUGAAGCCUUAUCCCAGGCUUAUUACCACAACAUUGCCAACAUGUCGCUGAGCAGCGUACAAACCUAUAUACCCAUUGAUAUUCCACUGCCACUGGCCAUGACUCCCGACGAGCAUCGUCUGUUGGAGCAGGUCAAAUUGGCGGGAUUCCCCGAGAAGGUGCAUGGUGUCUAUGUGCCACGCAGGCAACGUUAUGGCUGGUGGCAGCUCGAUGAUGAACAGAAGCUGCGCGAACUUUUGAAGACACUGAAUCCCUCGGGUUUGCGAGAACGUGAAUUGCAAGAGAAUCUGCAGAGAUUCUUGGGAUUGGAGCAACCGCUGGGCGUCAAUUAUCAAUUGAAAUUGCAUGAGGCACAAGUUGUGGACUUGGUGGAGUAUAUGCAACCGGAUAAGAUUGGCGAUUGGAAUCCCAAGGUGGCCAGGCGGGUGGAAUUGGCGCUAUUGGAGCAGCUGGAAUCGCUGGAGGAUAAAAUAGCGAGUGCCUCGAUGCAGCUGAAGAAUUGGCAGUUGCCCACACGUACCGACAAUGAAUUGAAUUUGAAUGCUACGGACUCGGAGGAACUGCAGGAAUCGGAAUUUGUCAGCAUUAUACCGAUGAUUAGGGAACGCAUCAUCGAUCUGGAGGCGAACAUUGAGAGGAGAUAUUUAAAGCCUCCGCUGGGUUCGCAAACUGGUGAUGCACAUCUUGCGGUGAUUGCACAGAAUCAACACACAUCCACACAGACGCAGAAUUCAGCCUCAGCUGCGGCAUAUCUGUUGCAGAUGCAACAGCAGCAACAACAGCAGCAGCAACAGUUGCUGCAGCAACAGCAACAACAACCUGGCAACAAUUUGAAUGCCUCGGCGUUUAAUGAACGCACCAUGGCCUUGGCAGCAGCUGCAGCAGCAACAACAACAGCAGCAACACUUGCAACAAGUGCAACCGGAACAACAACCACAUGUGACACACUUGUGGCUGCCCCAAUGGAGACGUGCUCAGGUGCCGCUUCUCCUGCCAGCAACUGCGACAGCGACAAGGACGAAAAGGUGGAGAAUAUACCGAAAGGUCUGGUGCAGUGGCGAGAUGCCGUGGCACGUUCCCACACCACCGCCCAGCUGGCCAUGGCCUUGUAUGUCCUCGAGUCGUGUGUGGCAUGGGACAAGAGCAUCAUGAAGGCGUAUGCAACGCGUACAAAGAACAACAAGUCCAACAACAGCAAGAAGAAGCAAAAAAGCAGCGCCAAAAAGCAGGCAACACCAAAAAAGAAGCAGCAACAGCAACAACAACAAGAACAACAACAACCAGCUAAGAAAAAGGAGAAGAAGGCAACCCCAAAGAAAGCGAAACAAAAGCCACAGGAGAAUGUGAAAGAAAUGCCGCCAAUGACAAUAAAAAUCAAUUUAAAAGCAUUGCAACAAAAUGGUUGCGAAUCCAACUCGAAUUCGAACUCAAACUCCAACUCCAACUCUGACUAUGACACGGACAGUGACGGCAAUUCACAACAACAACAACAACAUCAAGGCAGAAGACGACGUUCUGGCCAUACUACAAACUCUUGCAAAUAUUCAAAUUCCUUGCAGAAUUGCCAAUUUUGUACAUCGGGCGAGAAUGAGGAUAAGCUGUUGCUGUGCGAUGGAUGCGAUAAGGGUUAUCACACCUAUUGCUUCAAGCCCAAAAUGGACAACAUACCCGAUGGUGACUGGUACUGUUAUGAGUGCGUCAACAAGGCGACCAACGAGAGGAAGUGCAUCGUCUGUGGCGGACAUCGUCCCUCGCCCGUUGGCAAGAUGAUCUACUGUGAUUUGUGUCCACGUGCUUAUCACGCCGAUUGCUACAUUCCGCCACUGCUGAAGGUGCCACGUGGCAAGUGGUAUUGCCACGGCUGCAUCACACGUGCCCCGCCCCCCAAGAAACGCAGUGCCGCCAGCAGCAGCGGCAGCGGCAGCAGCAGCAAAUCGAGACGAGAUCGAGAUGCAAGCACCGCGGCAAAGCGACGGGGGAACGAGAAGCAGCAGCUGAUGGCAUCCACAGCUGGUGGCAGCAUGGAACAAUUGUGCCCCAUUGAUCCACACCAGCAACAACAACAGCAGCAACUGUUGUUGCACAGUUCACAGCAAUCGCUGAACUCGUCGCAUGACGAGUCCAUGACAUCUCUUCCAGCACCGCUUAGUCCAGCGCAUUCGAUUGCCUCGGCGACGUACGAUGAGCACCACAACAACUCGAUAGACACGAGUCGCUUCCAGGCACACCUGGGUGCCAAUAAUGGCGGUGUCCAGCUGGAGGAGGCAGCCGCUUCCUUUGCCACAGGCGGCUAUGUGCCACCGAGUAGCUUUGGGAUGGUGCCAGCGCCACAAGCGAUGCAGUUUGUGGCAAUGUCGCCGCGUGCUGUGACGCCGACGCGUACGCCAACGCCGACACCUGCGCCGACGCCAACGCCGCCGCCUCCAGCGCUGCCAGCGCCAACGUUGCAGCCACCAACACCGAAUGCUGCGAAUGUCACGACGCCCGUCAUGUUGCAAGCAUCGCCAACGUCGCUGCUCAAUGUGACGUGCCAAUCGCCGCCUCAGCAGCAGCAGCAGCCACAACUGAUGGCCAUGCCCUCGCCACGGACUUGCACGCCCACGCCCCCAGGUGGCACACAAAUGUCGCCGCCUCCCAUCAACAUACACGCCAUACAGGAGGCCAAGGAGAAGCUGAAGCAGGAGAAGAAAGAGAAGCAUGCCACUAAAAAGCUCAUUAAGGAGCUCGCCGUCUGCAAGACGCUCCUGGGCGAGAUGGAGCUUCAUGAGGAUUCGUGGCCAUUUCUGUUGCCAGUGAACACCAAACAAUUUCCCACAUAUCGCAAAAUCAUUAAGACACCCAUGGAUCUGUCCACCAUCAAAAAGAAACUGCAGGAUUUGAGCUACAAGUGUCGCGAGGACUUUUGUGUGGAUGUGAGGCAAAUCUUUGACAACUGUGAGAUGUUCAACGAGGAUGAUUCUCCAGUUGGCAAGGCGGGACAUGGAAUGCGCAAGUUCUUCGAAUCGCGCUGGACGGAAUUAACCGACAAGCACUCCUGAUAUCCUCCACUGCCACAGCUUAGCCCAACACCAACAACAACAGCAACGCCAACAACUGCAGCGUUGCCAGCAGCAACAACAACACCAACAACUGCAGUAGGAGUAACAACAACCGCAUCAACAACAGCAGCAUCAACAGCAACAACAACUGGAAGUACAACAACGACAAUGCCGCCAGUCACAGCCGCAACAGCAGCACAAUUUUGGUAGAGACUGUGUGAAGUUGCAACUAGACAGUAGAAUUUUUGUAUAUAAGAAGAAACAGAAGCAGAUGAAGCAAAGGAGAAAAAGAAAGUGGUAGCUCUAGUUUGUAUUAUUAUGCAUUAUAUAUAUUUAUACACAAAAUAUGGAAUACACAAUUAUAUAGAUAUCUAUAUAUCGAAUGAGAGAGAGGAGAGAGAGAGACGCGUUCUAGUUUCAACAACAAGUAAAAUAAAAUGUGAGCAGAAAAUGUGUGUAUUUUUCAAGGGAUAAACUUGCUUAAUCGCCUUUGUUAGUAGCAGCAACUAAAAA